AUGGCAAUGAGCUCGACCACGGCAUCCGAGCUCGAUGUUCGUGCUCUUGAGAAGCUGAAGGAUAUCUAUGGCGACCUAGCUCAGGUGCCAGUUCCGUCUUCUGGUCGCAUCCAGAGUUCCAACAGCUUCGUAGAGGUAAUUUCAGUAUGGGAUAAUCCUGCUCUGCCACUUAAAAAGAGCACAAAAACUCAGCGUGCUUCUGUAUUAGAACGAGUGAAUGAAACGAAAGAAUUUCGCUUAAUAUCUACAACCUCCCUACCUUUCACUAGCUUUGAGACUCAAUCUAUCACAUAUUCACCAAGCAAUUCAAUGGUAGCACAAAUUAUUACGAUUCCGGAUGGGAAGGAGAAGAAACAGUAUUUGAGAGUAUUCGAUCAAAACGAGCACAUCGAAGUUUUGUGUUCAGAUCUAAGCGGCCAGAAAAAACACGGGUUCAUAUACGGUGGAGGUUCAGCCCCUUUCAUUGCACUGCGGUUUUCCCAUGGCGAAGGACAUGUCCUUUAUUGUGCUGAGAGAAACGUCAAAACAGCGCAGUAUUUUGAUGCCGACUUAGAGUGGGACAACGAUGAUAAAAUAUUAGAAAGCAAUGUGGGCAAGAAGUUCGAACUCCUCGAAUCCUGGGGCGAGUCUUGUGGAGAAGUGAAGCAGCCUGUACUAUGCAUUGUCGAUGUUUUAUCUGGUAUCGUCACCGUGCUUGAUCAGAUACCAGCCGAGAUUUCACCUACUUUUGCAAUUUGGGCUCCUGACGACGCAGGAAUCGUAUUCUUCGGUCUUCGCAACGAACCGUUCAAGAUGGGAAGAACCGCUUGCAAUAACAGAGCCGGCACUAUGUACUACUAUGAACUGCAAUCUGCUAAGCUGCACCCUAUUGGUGUGGAGGAUAUUGCAGCCGAGCAUCCAUCUUUCUCACCUGACGGAAGAACGCUUGUGUAUUUCCAGCGACCUGCGGAUGGACCGCACCAAGCUGUCAUGGAAUGUGUGAAGGUCCCAUGGCCAUACAAAGGAUCUGUACCUUCUGUGGUUGUGCCAGUUGUCCAAGAAACAUCGCGUUCUUGUGAGUUUCCUGGGCUUUCCUUCAUACAAGGAGUUCCACGAUGCUGGACUGCAGAUGGUGAUCGUCUUAUUGUUGGAACCGCGUGGAGGAGUAAAAUGGAACUUGUUACAAUUGACGUCACCAAUGGCCAUGUUGGCAAGCUAACGAAUCACGGGCAGUGCCACGGUUCGUGGCAACUUGCGGACGUUUUCGAAGAUGAGGUCUUGGCAGUGGUGUCAGCUCCAAACAGACCUCCAGCAUUGCUUUUGGGUACAUUACCUGCGAAAGGUCAUGAGGAUAAGAUGGUAUGGACUCGUUUGGACAAUUGUUCAGUGAUUGAAAACCGAAAAAAUCUCUUGAAUUACUCCUGGCAAUUGGUUGGUUUACAGCGUUCAGGAGAAACACCAUACGAAGGUAUACUUCUUCUUCCCAAUGAAGGCGAUUCAGUACCACUCGUCGUUUUACCACAUGGAGGCCCACAUGGGGUUUCGAUCGCUUCUUGGCCACGUCGUGCGACAACUUCUCUCGUCAAUUCGGGAUUUGCUGUCUUGAUGGUCAACUACCACGGCUCGCUCGGCUUCGGGGACCAAUUUGUUCGUUCUUUGCCUGGGCGAUGUGGUGAUUUAGACGUUAAGGACGUGCACCAUGCAGUGUUGACGGUAUUGGAUUCUGAGUCUCGAUUGGAUCGGAAUAGGGUCGUUCUCUAUGGAGCAUCUCAUGGAGGAUUUCUUGUUUCUCAUCUGAUUGGACAGUACCCUGGUUUCUACAAAUCUUGUGUCGCACACAAUCCAGUGCUUAAUGUGCUAGCAAUGCAUGAAAUUACGGACAUUCCAGACUGGACUGUUGUAGAAGGAACAGGUAAAGAAGGUGACUGGACCAGAUCUCUAACGGAAGAGGAACGGAAUCAGAUGUUUGAAUGCUCGCCGAUCGCACAUGUUGACAAGGCAGUUACUCCUUACCUCCUCCUCAUUGGUGAAAAAGAUCUACGCGUUGUUCCACAUUUCCGUGCUUUUAUUCGAAAUCUUCUUACUCGUAGUAUUCCCUGCAAAGUUCUAUGUUACCCUGAAUCAGCUCAUCCAAUUGAUGAAGUGGAUGCGGAUGCAGAUGCAACUAUUAACAUCAUCAGAUGGUUCCAGAAAUCUUUCAAAUGA